GGAAGUGAAGUUUGCGGAAGUACAUUCCGGGUGUUUCACAACUACAGCGUGCUUGUAGGGAUAACUGGUCAUGGUGAAGAUGGCUCCCCUCUUGUAAAAUAGUGGACAGUUUGACUACCAGACGUGUGUUAAUAUCAGUCAACUUUUGCCAGACUGUAUGAACCUCGUCUUUGGUAAAACAAGCGAACGAUAUUGACUCAAUGGCCCGACCUCUGCAGGUCCUCAGCCUCCUCUCCAGGCUCGGUACUGUUUCAGUCAUUCCUUCAGCCUCCGUCAACGGCUGUCGAUUUGCAAGCAGAGACGCGAGCAAGGCCCUAAUGGGACAGAGUCAUGUGCACAGAGUGUCAAACAAAGCUUCAAGAUACAGCGAUGAGAUGUCUGGUGAAGAGGUUGGACUGGAGGAUUUAGAGGACGUAGAAGACAAAUUCAGUGCCCUGCUUGCUGAGGAGAGAAAGAAGCAGAGGACUGUGAAAUAUCAAAUACUGAGAAGGCAGAUGACCCCACCAGGAGCUCCACAGAGGAAGUUAACCUGGGAUGCUAUAGAGCAGAUCAGAUAUCUGAAGCAGGAGAAACCAGAUGAGUGGACGGUCGAGCGUCUGGCCGAGGGCUACUCUGUCACCCCUGAUGUCAUCCUAAGAGUCCUCAAAAGCAAGUUUGUCCCCACUCCUGAGAGAAAAGCCAAGCAGGAUGCUAAAAUAUUGGCUAAACUCAACCACAAGUUUUUACCUCCUGGUGCUGGGACAAGACAGGACAAGCUGAAGCUUCCUGGAAACUGUGAAACAGCUGCACUCAAACCUGGAAGUAGAGAAAGUGCAGUGGUGAGUGUGGAUGAUAAGACUUUGAUGGCGCUGGAUGAAGGUUCGGGAUCGCUGGCUAAGAGGCCUGACGCUGUUACUGUUCUUCACACCCAGCUCGGAGGUGGAAUUAGUAAAGAUGCCCUAGUGACAAGAUCCACAGAGGUGGACAGAACCACUAACACAAAUCCUACAGAGGAUGACAAAGAGGAUGAGGACGGUUGGGAUGGACAGGUGUUGACAGAAGAGGAGCUGCAGGAGUUUAUGGAAAUGGAAAAGCCAUCCCCUGUCAUGCAAGUUGGGAAAGACUUCUUUGAUGCAGAGGGUAAUUUUUUGUAUAGAAUCUGAAAACUUGCUGACUUAAACUGUUGGCUAACAGUUUAUGUAUAUAUUUUUUUAUAUUUAUAAAUAAAUGCAACUUUUGUGACAUUAAGCAGAGGGCACAGGUGAAAGUCUUUACCUGCUGGCAGCAGCCAGCAGCAGCCAUCCUACAAUCACAAUCUGUUUUGAUAACUGAUCCCUUUCUAAACCAUGUGAAACUAUGUCACGGCGAGGUAUGUUGACUUUUUUGCUCAUGACUCUGUUUUCUCAACUCACAUUUUUUCAUUGCCAUCAGUAAGAAAUAAGAGCAGUGACAGAAAUAGAGGAACAUUUGAAUUUAUUGGCAAACCCAGGAAAACUGCCUCAAAUAUACAGAAGAGUGAAACAUAGCAGAUACAAAGAUGUAACCUUGUAUAUUUACAGAACCAUCACAAAGACUUAAUUUAUACAGCAGUUUUAAACUGUAAGAAAAAUGUGUUACCUUCACUUGCAAUAAAUCAUUAAAUAAGAA